GUGCUCGCCCUGACGUCAAACACCCACACAAACAAUCCGAGCAGAAAAGAAGACGAACUGCAGUGAAGAGGAAAGUAACCUAACCAUAUUUUGCAGUUGAUAGACGACUCAGACAAAAAAACGCGUCUCUUGUGGAAAUUAUGCUAGCCGUAGCUCUCCUUUGCUCCCUGGCUAUCGUUCUCUUUGGAGAAUGUAGCUCGGUUGAGCUGAAACAUCAUAACUACAAGGAGAUGCUAGACUACAUGGUGAAAAUCCACAAGAAAUGUCCAGAAAUUACCCGGCCCUAUGUUCUUGAAGGAAAAACGGUGAUGAACAGAUCUUUAGCCGUUCUUGAAAUGUCUGACAAUCCUGGGAAACAUGAGAUUGGUGAACCGGAGUUCAAGUAUGUGGGUAACAUGCAUGGUAACGAGGUUGUUGGACGAGAGCUUUUGCUGGCUUUACUGGACUACAUGUGUGACCAGUAUAAGGCUGGAAAUAAGACCAUUGUCAAGCUGUUAGAGAGCACCCGUAUCCACAUAAUGCCGUCUAUGAACCCAGAUGGCUGGGAGAUUGCUACUGAAAGCUUUAAAAAGACUGGAAAGAAAGAUUGGCUGAAAGGGAGAUCCAAUGCAAAUAAUGUAGAUCUGAACAGAAACUUUCCAGACCUGGACAGAAUAGUGUAUCGAAACCAUGAGAAAAACAACCAUAUAAAGGAAAAAACUCAUGACCAACAAAAGAAUCCAAUCCAGCCAGAGACCUAUAUGGCUAUGGAAUGGAUUCAGGAAGUUCCAUUUGUGCUCUCCUCCAAUCUUCACGGAGGGGAUUUGGUCGCCAACUAUCCGUAUGAUGAGAGCCAGAGUGGGGCCCCGCAGGAAUACAGCAAGUCUCCUGAUGAUAGCACUUUCAGGUACCUGGCAGAGUCUUACUCUCUGUGGCAUGCCACCAUGGCCAAGCCCCAUGAAUCUUGCGACGACAUGCCAGACAACGAGAAAUUCCUGAAACAGAAAGGGACUACCAAUGGAGCUGCCUGGUAUUCUGUGGCUGGAGGCAUGCAAGAUUUCAACUACCUCCGUACCAACUGUUUUGAGAUCACCUUGGAACUGGGUUGUGACAAGUACCCACCUGAGAAUGCUUUGCCACAGUUUUGGGAAGACAACAAGGAUGCCUUGAUCAACUUCAUGUGGCAGACCCAUAUUGGUAUAAAGGGAGUGAUCAGGGAUGCCCAGACCAAGAAGGGUAUUGCCAGUGCCACAGUGAAAGUGCACAACCUAACCAGUGACGCUGAUAUCAAUCAUGAUAUCACAUCUGCCCAUGAUGGAGACUACUGGAGGCUUCUGAUUCCGGGCUCCUACAUGGUAACAGUCACUGCUCCUGGCUACCUCCCUCAGACCAAGUGUAUGGAAGUGACAAAUCCAUUCCGGACAGAGGCCAAAGAAGUGGACUUUGAAUUGCAGCCCCUCAGGGAAGAUGCUAUGAGUGUCAAGGCGGAUGUUGAUCCCAGCUGUGCACAUUUGAAUAUGGUGCCAAAUGCUGUGAUGGAGGAAAAAGGCGACCAAGAGAAACAGAAGAUAAAGCAUAUUUUACAGAAUAAAUAUCAGGAGAACUUUGAAGGUGAUGAUGAUGAUGAUGAUGAGAUAGAGCGUUGGUAUGAUAACUCAUAUGAUGGCAGCAGACUAAUGUCCAGCAAUUACAUGGAGGAUCUGGAAUAUCUGGAGGAACUUAAGGACCUUCAGAAACUUCUGGAUGGAUACCUGCAGGAGUAGACAUUCCCCAAAGCCAUGAGGCUCCUAUUGAAAGCAUUUUCAGAACUUUAUGAAUCUUGAUAGAAAUAAUAGAUUGGAGAAAACUCUUGGAAAAUUUGGUUUUUAGUUAAAUUUAAAUUAUGUUGUCUUAUCAAUAGAUCUGGCCAAAUCUUUGACUAGUUUAAAAAAAAGAUUAUCAAAAAUAUAAUAUUCUCAUCAGGGACAAAUUAAAACUUAUUUCAAUAGCCAACCCAAUAAUUUGUAUGGCACAUGCUCCUUUGUUAUGAAAAUAUUCAUAAAGUUUUAGAAGACUGGUGCAGAAACUACAGUUGUAAGAUAUAUUCAGAGAGUACAGAUGUAAUGUAUCUAGUCCAAAGUAUUGAUGGUGCAUUUCCAGUAUGUGUCUUGUUUCAUUUACUCGGUCUGUUUAAAGAUAUCCAAGCCAGAAUUUUGGAACACAUUUUGAGUGCAUGAAUUGCUUCUUGUUGAACUUAUCUGAGGACAAUUUAAACUUUAAAACAUAUAUUGACAGAUGAAGGGCCUUAAUUAAUAUUUGCCAAAAAUGAUCAUAUUCACCGUCCCUUGUCCAACCUCGAUAGACACAGUUUGAAAAUAACACAGGUUCACUGGCAGCAUUACACUAGUUUUAACUAAGCAUUGGCACGAAAAUCACGUGAUAUCCAGAAGUCAAGUCAUGGAAGGAAUGAUGUAUCAGAAAAAAAAA